GACAUCAGAGAGGAGAGGGGGCCGUGAUGUCAGAAGACGCCGCACACCUCCCCCACCCCCCUACAGCCAGGAGGAAGAAUCCUUGGGUGUAGGAGGAGGAUGCUGCAGACCGGGUGUCCCUGUCUAUUAUCUGCGCUGUGGUCCUGGAGAAUGUCCCCAAUAUCACAGGGCUCAGUGCUUCCCCCAUUAACGCUCCUUGAGGGAGGGUCCCACAUCCUGGCUCCAUAUGAAGCUCAAGGCCCCUGACUGCCCUCCCACUCCAGCAAGACCUGCUGUGCACCCGCCAAGCCUAAAUCAUCAAAAAAUAAGACAUAACCGGUCAGAUCACCAUGUCAUUAUCCGUAACGCCGGCGCCGGCUGAGCCCACGGUGACCCAGGAGUUCUGGAGGUCGCAGGUGUGUGGCUACACUUCAUCGGUUACGGGUCAUAUCAGCCAUCGGGCCAACAAUUUCAAAAGACAUCCAAAGAGAAGAAAACUAGUGCGGCCCUCGCCGCCGCCGCCCCCCAACACCCCGUGCCCGCCCGAUCUGAUUGAUUUCGUGGACCUUCAUCCUCGGAGAUCUUUUCUGGACCUCUUAUUUAAUGGGUGCAUACUGUUCGGGAUCGAGUUCUGUUAUGCUAUGGAGACGGCCUAUGUCACCCCGGUGCUCCUCCAGAUCGGCCUCCCCGAUGAGUUCUAUAGUAUGGUCUGGUUUAUCAGCCCCCUCCUGGGAUUUCUCCUCCAACCAUUACUUGGGGCCUGGAGCGACACCUGCACCUCCCGAUAUGGCAGAAGGCGGCCAUUUAUACUUGUCCUCGCAAUAGGCGCCUUAUUUGGCCUCACGCUUCUUCUCAAUGGGAGAGACAUUGGACUGUCUGUGUCUGAUACAAACAACGAUCAUAAAUGGGGCCUCAUCCUGACCAUCUGCGGGGUGGUCCUCAUGGAUUUUAGUGCAGAUUCUGCUGAUAGUCCCAGCCAUGCCUACAUGAUGGACGUGUGCAGCCCGGAGGACCAGGACCGGGGACUGAACAUUCACGCUCUUCUGGGAGGUCUUGGUGGCGGUUUUGGUUACGUAGUGGGCGGCAUUAACUGGAACAAGACAAAGUUUGGAAAAGCCAUGGGCGGCCAGUUACGGGUCAUCUAUACCUUCACCUCCAUAACUUUGGCCAUCACCACCGUCUUGACCUUGAUCAGUAUUCCCGAGAGACCUCUGCAGUCCUUCAGCAAGAAGAAGGUGAUGAAGAGCCCCAGCCUCCCUCUGCCUCCAUCACCCCCUGUGUUUUUUGAAGAGCAGGAGCAUCAAGUUGCCCCCACACAAAACUGCAACCACCUGUACGCCAGCUUCACCAGUCCCAUCUCGCCCCUCAGUCCUCUCACACCGAAGUAUGGCAGCCUGAUUAGCCGAGACAAUUCCCUAACAGGGAUCAAUGAGUUUGCCUCCUCUUUCGGCACAACCAACAUUGACAGUGUUCUCAUUGACUGCUUCACCGGGGGCCACGAGGGCUUUUCCUCCACCUCUGGGAGUUUACCAAGACAAGCCAGUAGUCUUCCCCGAGUACCCGAAAGUCUUUACUGCGGCGGAAACAGAAGCCUGGACUCUGCUGAGAACCUGACCAGUCCUGGCACAGACAGGAGCAGCCUGAGAGUUGGGUCCCUAGAUGCACCGAAAGCCAGAGCAUCGGGAAUCCUGAAAAGGCCUCAGUCAUUGGCCAUCCCGGAUAUAGUCACCGGGACGUGUCCAGAGAGCGGCCGGAGGCGAAAUGUGACGUUCAGUCAGCAGGUGGCGAAUAUUUUGCUGAACGGCGUCAAAUACGAGAGUGAACUGAACGGAUCGAGCGAGUUCUCCCAGCGACCUCUGUCCAUGAAGCUUCUGUGUUCAUCCAUCUGCCACAUGCCUAAGGCGCUGCGCAACCUGUGCAUCAACCACUUCCUAGGGUGGCUAUCCUUUGAAGGCAUGCUGUUAUUUUACACUGACUUUAUGGGAGAAGUGAUUUUCCAAGGGAACCCGAAGGCUCCUCACGAUUCUGACGAGUUUCACAAGUAUAACGCGGGCGUCACCAUGGGAUGCUGGGGGAUGUGUAUCUACGCCUUCAGUGCAGCAUUCUACUCAGCUAUACUGGAGAAACUGGAAGACUAUUUCAGCGUGCGGACCCUGUACUUUAUAGCGUAUCUGACAUUUGGACUGGGGACAGGUCUGGCGACAUUAUCCAGUAACCUGUAUAUAAUCCUGUUACUGUGUAUAACACACGGCGUCCUGUUCUCCACGCUCUGCAUCCUGCCGUACUCCCUACUCUGCGACUACUACCAGAAUAAGAGG